GGAUAAAUGGGAGAUAAGCAGCAGAGAGAGGGCACCAGCUUGGGGCGGGCCUGGUAAACGCUUCUUGUAGAAGGUGGGAUUUCAGGGGGAGUUGCCAGGCUCGCCUCCGGCAGAGAUCGCAGUUUCGCCUCCUCCAUAGGGACUACAAUUCCCAGCAGGCCUCGCGGAGCUGAGGGGGCGGAGACAUGGCCGGGACCUGGGUCCGGCGCGCUUGACAGCGGCGCGAGCGGAAGCGCGCGGCGGCGGCGGAGGAGCCUACGGAAGCGGCGAAGAUGGCUGGCGCCGCCGGGUUUCAAUGUUGAUGGUUGAUAAAUACAAAGGAAUUACCAGGAUUUUCCUCCUUUUUAUUUGGAAAAUUUGUACAGUUUUUUGCUGUCUUCAUACAUAGUCUCUCUUCUGACCAUUUAUAAUUCAUCAAAAAUAAAUCGUAGUAUUUUGAUUGAGGCGGCAUCAUGCAGCCCGAUAUUGAGAAAUGCAGACCUAGGGCCAGAAAGCCAGAUAUGGCCCUUUAUGUGCCCAAAGCUCGAAGAGGUUCAGUGCUUCCCAUAUCAAGUCAUCAGGAAAUGAGCUAUAGUCAUCUGAACGCUGUAGUGAAGCAAGGGCAAGAAGAAAGUCAUCUGCCCUCAAAGAAUGAUGUCUUCAGAGUCAGUUCUGAACUUCAAAGAUCUAUUAGUAAUCCUAGCAGACAAGAACACAAGGCCAAGGAUGGAAAGAGACCUAAUUCAAAAUCAAAAAAAGUCAUACACUUGAAAGAAAGAAACAGAGGAAAAUUCCACACUCAAAAGGGAACCCCAGAGUCCAAAGAAAUGUUCAACAAAAAUCAACAAAAGAUCCCAAAUCCUAGUAGUUUUUCCAAACUACCUUCACAAAUACAUUUUAAACCAAAGAAAUUUAUGGAUUCCCAAACCAGCAAUAUGACGCAAUCUAGUACAGAAACCUCUGAGACUCAGGCUUCCAGUAAACCAUUCCAAACUGUGAAAUUAUGUGAUUUCAGAAAGGAAGAACUAAGUGAGAUGAGUUCUGCAGAAAGAGACUUGAAAAACAGUGUUAGUACUGAUUGUAAGGUAGUAGAGACAGUAGCUAGUUCUCAGUUUUUAGAUGAGCCAAUAAGUUGCAGUUCUCUUUUGAAUCCUGACUUGCUGGCAUCUGCACAGCUAACCCCAUGUUCUGAAAUUGUGCAAGAAGUUAUACAUACAAUAAGUGGUAUACCGAAGCCCACCACUGAAGACAUAAAGAACAUUGUUAUCUGGGGGAGCCCAAAGAGUGUCAUUGAUCAAGCAUGUACAGACAACGAACCUAAUGUCAGUGACCUAACUGAUGCAGUGUUCCUCAGCAGUACAGCUGGCAUCUUGAAUCAGACAAAUGUGGAUAGCAUAUCUGGGGUUGGGGAUCCUGUCUCUGACCACAUGCACAUAGUCAGUAUAUUAGAGAAUUCCAAUGACAUUGUGGAUUCAAUUUGCAUGAGUGGAGAGUCUGAGAAGAAUGGUGACCCUGCUGAUGAGUCGCAUGUGUGCUAUGAACCUGAUAAUUUAAGUGACUUUGCUGAUGAGACAUCUACAGGUAGUGAGCUGGAGAAUGACAGUGACAUCACUAAGCAGGCAUGUAUGAGCAUUACAGAUGGUAUUUUUGAUGAGACAUGUGCGAGCAGCACCUCAACAGUUGUGGGUGGAAUCUCUGAACAGGCAUGUAGCAGCAUAAACAGUUUGCUAGACUGUAUGGGAGUAAGUACUUACAUAACCCCUCUUCUAGUAGCUAACAGCUUAGAGUGUGGGAAUGAAAACUCAGGUGACUUGACAGUUUGUACAGAUGGUUACACCGAAGAUGUUUCAUCCAGUUAUCAAGAGUCAAUGGGAGGACUAACAAAGGCCUCGUCAGAUUGUACCUCUUUAAUACCUAUAAAGAAGGACGCAUCCAGCAAUCAUGGUUCCUGUUUAGACUCUGAACUCUGCGUGUUAAAUAGGACAGAAUCGCUUUCCAACAAGGCCUUGAGCGGUGAUCUGGAUUGUGCAGAUGGUAUCGCAGAGUCUUUGAAUAAUCUAAGAACCGGUGAAGAGUUCAAAACAGGUGAGAAAGAUGACUCUGGGAAGGUAGAAUAUACUGUUUCUUCAGACAACCAAUUGGAACUGAAGGCAGCUAAUCCUUCCUCCAGUGAUGAAAGUGCUCCUACAGAGGAGAGCUGGGAUUCUUUGUUUAAUGAUGAUGGAGAUUGCCUGGAUCCACGACUUCUAGAAGAGUUAUCAGGGAGUUCGAAGAACAGGAAGAGUCUCCAGGAACCUAGAUUUGAUUAUUACAACUAUGAAGCUCGUGAGCUUGACAUCAGCGAUUGUGAACUUCCUCAUGUCAUUGAAAUCUAUGACUUCCCUCAGGAAUUUCGCACCGAAGACCUCCUACGUGUCUUCUGCAGCUAUCAAAAGAAAGGAUUUGAUAUUAAAUGGGUGGAUGACACACACGCUCUAGGAGUGUUCUCCAGUCCGAUUACAGCUCGUGAUGCCCUGAAUAGUAAGCACAUGAUGGUAAAAAUCCGACCCCUAUCUCAGGCCACAAAAGCAGCGAGAGCCAAAGCAAGAGCUUGUGCUGAGUUUCUCCAGCCAGCCAAGGCACGUCCGGAGACAUCAGCUGCCCUGGCCCGAAGGCUAGUGAUCAGUGCCCUUGGGGUGCGGAGUCAGCGGACCAAAGCAGAACGGGAUGCCGAGCUCAAGAAACUGCAGGAAGCCCGUGAAAGAAAGCGGUUGGAGGCCAAGCAACGGGAGGACAUCUGGGAAGGCCGGGACCAGGCUACUGUCUGAACAUCACCAAAAGAAAGGGAUACUUUCACGAAUUCAGAAGAUUCCAGGCUCAAAGACCCAUGUUGAGUUUCCUUUGUGUGUGAGAAAGACAGAGACUGUGGGUUCAGAGGGAAAGUAAACUUCUCUGUCUUGGUAGUUCUGCUUUCUAGACCUGGGAGGGAACAGUUUGGAAUCAUUCCAUGUGGAAAAUAGGAGGAAGUAGUGUUCAUCAACUAGGAAGAAACUUGGAAGCUGAAGCUUCUUUAGAGUCCACUGGGCAAGAGAAGCCAUAGAUUUGUGAGCGAUUUAUCUAUGAAGAGCUUAACCACCCUAAUAGCAGAACAGAAGAAGGAUAGAAAAGUCACCAGGGCCCCAGGCCAGAAGAUACCAGGACCUUGUGAGGAAAGACGUAGGCCCUGAGAGACAUCCUCCAGCACCUCUUCCAGCUGUGAACAGAGAUGUCUGGACAGUCCACAGAUGGAGGUGGAGAAUCCAGUAUUCUCAGGGUACCCAGAACCAGAAUCUUAGUGCUGGCUCCUUUUUAAUGAUAAGUCCAGAGCCUCAUAGCUGGCUGACAGCAGCACCUGUUAUGAAUGUUGGGUCUCGAGAGUUUCAGCUUUGCCGAGAGCCUGCCUGCUGCUGCUUCUGUCACGUGGCAGCUGGGGUGUGCCCACGGCACAAUGGCCACCAGGGCCUGUGUAAACACUGAUGUCAUGGGGUAAUAGAGAUGCAUUAAAUCUAUUUCCUGACAUG